UGUCGUCAGCCACACGAACUUUGAUGCCUUGAACGACAGUGACGUGGAGAUCAACGAUUUUCACGAUACACUACCAGAGCUGGGCGAUGAGAUACCUCUGAUCUGAGGUACAGAAGAGAUGCGGGUAUAAACAGCACUGGACAUUCAGGAGAUGAUGGCGAUAGCGUUUCAUCAAGCUCUGUGUUAGAGUCGCGCAACACCAGCUCGUCUCCUUCUACAACAGUAGAUGUCACCAUCACAAUUAUGGAUGUUAGUACGGAGGUAUCCACAACGCCCACUAUCACGGCUCAAGAUAUCAGUGGGGAGGCAUCCACAACGCCCGCCACCCCACCUAAGGAUGACGAUGGGGAGCCAUCUACGAAGCCCACCACCCCCUGCACGACGCCCAAGCCCAGCAACUUCGGCAAAUAUGGCGUCCUGGCCUUCGCUGUAUCCUUGUCCCUAGCAUUCCUCCUGCUCUACGCCAUCCUCAUGAUCGUGUUCAUGCCGAGGAUUCUCGCGAGGAGGAGAGCCGUCAGCCAGUCGGACCCAGAAGCGCAGCACUACAAGAAGAGGAACUCCGACGGUCUAGAGGCGCCCAUGACCAUGACGUCUAACGACACGACACUGUCGGAUAACGAGGCAGGCGACGCCAAGGAAAAGAAAGAUGGCGAUAAGUCCACGACGACAGAGAGUGAGAAUGAGAAUGCAACAGCAGGCGAUGAAGGUCGAGAAAACACAGAUGAAAACACGGGCCAAACUAAAGCAGACGACAAAAACACGGAAGAGAAAGCAGACGUCAAACAAGACGACAAAGCAGACGGCAAGCAAGACCCCCAGCAGGACUCGACCCAAAAACCUGACGGCCAGAACCCCCCUGCCCCCACAACCCCUGCCCCCACAACCCCUGCCCCCACAACCCCUGCCCCCACAACCCCUGACCCCACAACCCCUGCUCCGGGACCUGACCCCAGUCUGCUGUCCUCCAUUCUGAACGAGAACUUUGUGGGCCACGACCAGCCCACCCCCGGGCCGGACCACAGCGGACCCCCACCAGAUCAAGACACGUCGGAUCUACUCCCCCCGCCCCCGAGUGAUAGCCAACUUCCGGUCAUAGAUUUCACGUUCGAUGUCCGACCACUGACCACACCGGAUGUGACGCAGUCAGACGAGGUUGACGUGUGAUGUGCUCAUUGGGGCAGUAACUUAC